GGUUGAGCUUCUCAAGCUAAGCUAAGCACCAAACUCCACUCGGUAGGUAGCUUCGUCUCCUGUGAGAAGGAAGAAUGGCGUCACUGAAGGCUGCGAGACCUGCUGGGAUUACGGCGCCGAGCAAAGAGCCGGCCAAGGUCGGAGAGGGCCCCGUGAAGCCGCCGGCGGCGUCGAGGCAGGCACCGAAAAAACCCGAGAAGCCCCGCGAGCCCAAGAAGAAGGCAAGGAGUGGCAAACCGAGCACCAAAAACUGAUGAUGGAUGGCAGCAACAACAACAACAAAAGUGUGUUUUAUCUUCAGAUUUCAGCGUUUGUGUUCUAUCACUGUACUCUGGAUGUUGCUGCUGUCGUGGUGUGAGCUUGUGAUGUGAACUGGUUGAAGUAUGCUUUGAUGUUGUGCUCAGCCAUGCAAGAAAGUAAUGUAGAAUCAUCACCAUGGUAUGAUGAAAUAAACUGCUAAUUUACUGCACACUUUGGGAUUUCUUUUCUUGUUCUGAGAUACCCUAACUGAUAUUUCAUUAUUUAUAUAUAUUUUUCUUGGCAUUCAAAUUUUUGUGAAAAUAUUAUAGUUAUUUUUUAUAAUUAUUUUUAUUUGAGAUAUCUUUUCAACUCAGUAGUAAUGAUAGUGUGUUUAUAUUUUUUAUAUUUAAAAGAUAUAAAAUUUUUUGAUGAAAUAUGUUGAGAUGAUAUCCAUCAAACAAAAUGUUGUCGGCAAAACUAAGUCAAACCACCGCGUUCGCUAACCACUCUGUCCCUCUGUCCAUCUUUCGGAAAAGAAGAGAACCUACGUGCGCAACGGCCACCGCCCACCACCUCAAACCUCUCGCAGCCGCUCAAUCGAACCGCCACCGCUCCUCUCCUCUCCUAUCCUCCUCUUGCCACCAUCAGCAACACCACAUCGACCAUCGGCAUUGAGGUCGUCGGAGGUGAUCGAGAUCGAUGGGUGGCGGCCGGCUGCAGGGCGAGCAGUUGAAGCAACUGCGCAACAUAUUCGAUCGCUUCGACAUGGACGGGGACGGCAGCCUGACCCAGCUGGAGCUCGCUGCCCUCCUCCGCUCCCUCGGCCUCAAGCCCGACGGCGACCAGAUCCACGCGAUGCUCGCAGGCAUGGACGCCAACGGCAACGGCACCGUGGAGUUCGACGAGCUCGCGGCGGCGCUCGCGCCCGUCAUGACCGAGCAGGCCAUGGUCGACCAGAAGCAGCUCCUGGAGGUCUUCCACUGCUUCGACCGGGACGGCAACGGGUUCAUAUCGGCGGCGGAGCUGGCGCGGUCCAUGGCGCGCAUGGGCCAGCCUCUGACCUUCGUCGAGCUCACCGACAUGAUGCAGCAGGCCGAUGCCGACGGCGACGGUGUCAUCAGCUUCGAAGAGUUCGCCGCCGUCAUGGCCAAGUCCGCCGCCGAAUUCCUCGGCCUCACCCUCGUCUCCCAUUGAUGGCUGUUGAUACUGUUACCAUUACUAUUUCUUUUGGUUUUGGUAGCAGUGGAUUGGAGUGGAGAUCAAUAAAUGUACAGAAGCAGAAGAUGAUAUAAUGGAGUUAGGAUCACGUACAAAGCAGUCGAUGAAUCCAUACUUCUCAUUCAUCGUUCCGCAUGUGUGUAAUGAUCAUUGCAGGGGCUUUGCUUUGAUGUUUCACUGAA